AACAUGUCGCCUGGAAGCCGGAGAGACGUACCGCCUAAUAAGACUAGAGGUAGGGCGUCAGUCCACUUGCUAUCGUGGCACAUGAGUGAUGUCUUCAGUGACCGAUGGAAACGUUCAACUAGACCAUUACUCGGAUUCUUGACAUCAUCUGCAUCAUGUCGACGUCGCUCGAGCGUGAUGGACCUGGUUGCGGAGACCUUGCUCGUGCUUCCGCCACCGCUGCCGACGGGGUGGACUCAAGUAUUUUGUCGGCCACUUCUGCCACCUUGUCUAUUUCGACUUGUGGCGUAUUUUGUAUUAGGGACUGCAUGUCUCUCAACAAUUGUGAGGGCUUCCUAG